AGUUGAAGGCGUUAGCCCGCUCGCUGCGGAAGUCAGACGCUCAACUGUCAGGUGUUCGUCUCGCUGAUAGCAGUCUGUUUCUUCCAGCGUCAGUCCGGACGAUCAGCAGCUCGGCAGCGUUAUGGCGGCGUUCAGCACUUCAUCCAGCAGACCCUACCACAUCAUCAUCUUUGGCGCUUCUGGUUUCACGGGACAGUUUGUGGUGGAGGAGGUGGCCCGCACCGCAUCCGAGGGUCCCAAGGGGAAUUUGAAGUGGGCCGUAGCCGGCAGGAACAGAACCAAGCUGGAGAAAGUUGUGGAGCAGGCCGCCGGAGCUCUCAGUAAGCCGGAGCUGAAGUCUGAGGUAGAUAUUCUCGUGGCAGAUGUCAGCGAUCCAGAUUCAUUGGCUGUCAUGUGCAAACAGGCUGUUAUUGUGCUCAGCUGUGUGGGGCCUUACAGAUUUUUUGGUGAACCUGUUGUGAAGUCUUGUGUGGAGAACGGAACACACUGCAUUGAUAUCUCUGGAGAACCACAGUUCCUGGAGCGUAUGCAGCUAAACUACCAUGACCAGGCUGCUGAAAAGGGCGUCUACAUUGUGGGAAGCUGUGGUUUUGACUCCAUUCCUGCAGAUAUGGGCGUCAUUUACACCAGGGACCAGUUUAAAGGGACACUAACAUCCAUUGAGAGCUUUUUGACUGCGAGUGCAGGGACAGAGGGAGGCUGCAUCCAUGAUGGCACCUGGCAGUCGGCUAUCUAUGGCUUAGCCGACAGCAACAAGUUGCGGAGCCUCAGGAAGAAGUUCGGUCACAAGCCUCUCCCUGUGGUGGGGGCUAAAAUUAAAAGGAGGGGCACACUCUUUUAUAGUAACGAGUUGCAGCAAUAUGCAAUUCCCUUCAUGGGUUCCGACCCAUCAGUGGUUAAAAGGACCCAGCGCUACUUAAAUGAAGAACUCACUGAGUCUCCGGUUCAGUACGGGGCGUAUGUUGGUGUCGGCGGUAUUUCCAACAUUUUCAAGCUUGUCUUCGCUGGAUUGAUGUUCUUUUUCCUUGUAAAGUUCAGCUUUGGCAGAAAUCUGCUCAUUAAGUUUCCGGAGUUUUUCUCAUUCGGUUUCUUUUCCAAAGAAGGUCCAACUAGGAAACAGAUGGAGGGCUCCUCUUUCCGUUUCAUCUUUCUUGGAGAGGGUUACACUGAAGGUUCAGAGCCCAAUGAGGGCAAACCCAACAGCAAGAUCCGCACUCUGGUCAAAGGACCAGAGCCAGGAUACGUCGCCACACCAAUUGCUAUGGUUCAGGCGGCCCUUACCAUGUUGAACGAAUCAGAUUCUCUUCCAAAAACCGGCGGUGUUUACACUCCAGGAGCGACAUUCGCCAAGACCACCAUCGUCGACCGCCUCAACAAACAUGGCAUUCAGUUCUCUGUCCUUUAAGUGAGAGAUUAAACAGGGCUUAACCGGCUUGGCUUUAACAUCAGUCUUGUGAAGCACCUAUUAAUUUGCUUGCUUGAGCAUAGAGAUUCUUGUUGCUAUGUAAAGCUUCCUUACGGUGUUGCUGUUUUCCGCUGUUUUCCGGUUUAGUGUCCUCGUUUGUGCACGGUACACUGGGACGGGUUUGUUAGCAUGCACUCUGCUCAAAUGGCUGCGAAAUCUGCACUAUGAUUGUGG